ACACGACCAGCCAUCCCAGCAGCUCAGGGGAGCUACAGACCUCAUAUCCUCCCAGUAAAUGAAGGAACUCAGGGGACAGCAUGUGACCCCUCCUGGUGACACUUGAGCGCUAAGAAGUGCAAGAUAGCCGCGGCAGGUCUAUAUUUGGGCUCUCACACACGACUGUUGCUAUUUGCAGUGGGAGCUGGCUCAUGUUACCGUCACCUGUCACCUUCCAUGCCCCAGUUACAGCCCUUGCUGUAAGUCAGGCAGGGGCAGGCUACGGGGCUCAAACAGGUGACCUGGAGGGAAAUCCUUCUCCAGAGGCCUUGGAGGUCAAAGAAGAACCCGUGGACCCUGAAAUCAGCAGGAGCCGCGUGGGAGGAGCCCACAGGUGCGGAAGCGCCAUGGACCGGAAGGCUGCGGGGGCUCCCCCGAACUUCCACUUCUACCCGAUGGACCUGUAUGACCCCGAGGACCGGCUGCACCCCUUCCCAGAAGGGGCCACGCGGACAGGAAGGGAAGUCUACGCCGAGAUGGCCGAGGGGGCUGGCGAGCCCUGCAGCGCGGCCCUGGGAAAGGCCCCGAGAGCCCUGGAGGAGGGGGUGGACGAGCUGGUGCAUCUGUACGCCCUCGGGGAUGCGGGCGAGUGGGGCGGCGAGCUGGCGGACGGGAGCGCGCCCUGCGCGGAGGUUCCGGAGCAGCUGCUGCUCCGGGCGCAGAGGGACUGGCGACAGGGGCCUGAGGCCGAGGAGCGCGACCUGAGAGAGGCCUACAGGUACGCGCACGGCCGGGCCAGCGAGGAGUACGAGUGCUACGUCAUCCCCGAGGAGGAGGACGAGGACGAAGCCGCCCUGGUCUUCUGCGUCACCUGCAAGGCUCCGGUAAGGGCGCUGGAGGUUUCGGAUGAGCACCGGGAGCACGAGGUGACGGCCCUUGACAAGGCCCUGGAGAGUGCCAAGGAUGAAAUUCACAAAAACAUGUUCAAACUGGAAAAGCAGAUUCUUGAGAUGGAGAAUUUUGCAAAUCACUUGGAGGAGGUUUUCAUCACAGUGGAGGAGAACUUCGGGAGACAAGAACAAAACUUUGAGUCACAUUACAAUGAGAUCUUGGAAACACUCGCUCAAAAAUAUGAAGAAAAAAUACAAGCCCUGGGGGAGAAAAAGAAAGCCAAGUUGGAAGCCUUGUAUGGACAGCUGGUCAGCUGUGGGGAAAACCUCGACACCUGUAAGGAGCUCAUGGAAACCAUUGAGGAGAUGUGCCAUGAGGAGAAGGUUGACUUCAUCAAGGACGCUGUGGCCAUGGCUGACAGACUUGGGAAAUUCUUGAAUACAGACACAGACGUGGAGAUUGCUACACAGCCCGACUUUGAAGACCAGACUUUGGACUUCUCUGACGUGGAGCAGCUCAUGUGCUCCCUUCACGCCCUCCCGGCUCCUUCUGCUCCAGUGAUAAACCCACAGGCCCCCAACUCUGCCACGGGGUCCUCUGUCCGAGUGUGCUGGAGCUUAUACUCUGACGACACCGUGGAGAGCUAUCAGCUGUCCUACCGGCCAGUGCGGGACAGCGCACCCGGGAAGGACCAAGCAGUGUUUACAAUGACUGUCAAGGAAACGUACUGCUCAGUGACAAAUCUUGUGCCAAACACCCAGUAUGAAUUUUGGGUCACAGCUCAGAACAGGGCCGGCUCCAGCCCCACCAGUGAGCGUGCAGUGUACAUGACAGCGCCUUCCCCGCCCAUCAUAAAAAGCAAAGAGAUACAGAGCUGUGAAGAGGCCACACUCAUCUGCUGGGAGUCUGGAAACCUGAAUCCCGUGGACUCGUACACGGUGGAGCUGACCCAGGUGGAAACACCCGAAGCCUCGGGCGUAACCGAGUCAGUGGUGGGCAUCCCAGCCUGUGAGUCCCUGGUGCAGCUGCAGCCCAGGCAGAGCUACACGAUAUCGGUGCGAGCCCUCAACGUGGGGGGCCCCAGUGCCAGGAGUGACCCUGUGACAGUCCACACCACAGGCAGCCGCUUUCCCCUGAACCAGCACACCUGCCAUCCCUGGCUGACCGUGGCUGACGAUGGGUUUACGGUCGUGCGAAGCGAAAGGAAACCCCCCCUGAAGGAGCUGCUGCCUGGCAACACCCGGUUUAGCAGGUGUGUUGCCGUCAUGGGGAAUCUAAUUCCAGUCCGAGGGCGCCACUACUGGGAGGUGGAGGUGGACAAGCGGGCAGACUACACGGUGGGCGUGGCCUUUGACGAUGUCCCUAAAGAGGAGGACCUGGGAGCAAACCGCCUGUCUUGGUGCAUGAGGCACAGAUUUGCAUCAUCGAGGCAUGAGUAUGAGUUCCUGCACAACAAGACGACUCCAGAUAUAAGAAUAACGGUGUCCCCAAGGAAGAUCGGCAUUCUGUUAGACUAUGAAAACUCAAAAUUGUCCUUUUUCAAUGUGGACAUUUCUCAGCACCUUUACACGUUCAGCUGUCAGCUCCACGGAUUCGUGCAUCCCUGUUUUUCUCUGGAAAAGCCUGGCCGUCUGAGGAUACGUAAUGGCAUCGCAAUGCCCACGCACGUCACUUUCUAUUAGACCGUUCUGAGGCCCGGCUUCCUGUCGCUCUUGUGGUCCCUCCCCUCCCAGCCGCUCGGCCCUCAGCCCGUGGGCCUGGGCACUGAAGUGCCACGCACCCGGCCCCGGUCCGGCUCCCGCUGUCCUCUAGCAGACGGGUGCGCUGACGCUCGUCUCGGCGGACCUGGGUUCUAGG